UCACUUCUCAGCGCCUUUAGACAUUGAGUUGUUUCUCCUCUGCUUGUGUAACUCUGGCAGGGUCAUGAGGGGGGUACAACAUCUGCUGCUACUGGCAGUGUUCGCACUUCUGGCAAGAUGUCAACAAAAGCCACAAGUUUCUGUGUCACCCAUGCUCAACCAGAUCUUCUCUGGGGACUUAUUUUUUCUGAGAUGUAACAGCAGUGGGAGCAGCGUGACAUGGUACAUCGACAAUGACAAAAAAACGAUCACAAACGACACCUGGAAGAUAGGAGCUGCCUCACCCAAGCACUCAGGCAAUUAUCAAUGCCAGAGCGAGAGCGGGCAAAAGAGUGACAAUUUCAAAAUCAACGUCCUGGAUUACGUUCCUAGUGCCUCACUCACCAUCAAGUCAGGACAGCCAGUGGUGCGGACGGACAGUUCUGUUGUCCUGCAGCUUGAAAAUGAGGAUGGUCUGUGGGGAUGGAAAUGCUGUGUCUACAGUGGAGGGCCCAUAAAGAAGAUUCAGUUGAAGUUGAGCAAUGACAGUAGGAGUGUGGUCUUUCAAUCCAGGAGACUGGAUGUACCGGAGACCGUUUUCUGGUGUACUGAUAAAACUGAACAAAACAGAAGUAACCAAAUCACAGUCAGGACCUCAGUGAAGGACGUAUCGCUGGAAAUGUAUCCUCUGCCUGCUGUAGUUGGGGAGAGUCUGAUUCUGAAGUGCCUUGCCUGGGGCACAGAUCUAAUAAGCCACACUGUUUUCUACAAAAACAAUGAAAUCCUUGAUAACAGUAACCGUCCCACCUACAAAAUCUCUAAUGUAACAGAAUCUGCAAUGGGACGUUAUAGGUGUAUUGCUACCUUCAAACACAAGGCGUACACUGAAGGGCCCCCAUACAGAGUGGUCUCUGAUGAUCAAGAUGUGUUUGUCCAAGCAUCUCCUAUGAAGGCAUUUCUCUCUGCAAACAGUGGCUUGUCAUGUUCUUGUUUACGUUGUCCUGAUAAUAGCUCCUAUCGUUGGUACCACAAGAAUAAUGGGCAAUGGGCAGUUAUGGAUUACACACAAGCAGUCAUGAUGCCAAAAGCGAGUGGUACUUACGCAUGUAGAGCUGUGUGGAACAACGGGAGGUCUUCUCUCAGCAUUGAUUAUGUUUAUCAAUCUCCGAUACCCAUUCUAACAGGUGUAUUCAUCGUGCUGGCAAUACUAAUUUUAGCAGCUGUGGGUUUUUUUAUAUGGUAUAAGAAGAGAAAUGCCACAGGACGGAUUUACGAGGAUAUGCCACUGAGGUCACGAGACGAAUAUGAGAAGCUGCAGAAGCGUGCCCAAAAGGAGGGCGAGUACGACACCCUUAAUCCAGAAGCACCAGGCAGACAGAAGAAAGAGGGUGAAUAUGAGGCACUGAAGAAAGAGGAAAUGACAAGUGGGGAGUACCAAACUGUUAGGAUGGAGGGGGCAGUUGGUGGAGAGGGAGGGUAUGAAGCACUGAAGAAAGAGGGAAUGAAAGAGGGGGUAUACCACACCCUGGGUAUGGAGGGGGAAGCAGGAGGAGGGGGGGAUACGAAGCACUGA